GUCCUAAGACCAAUAAAAAACGACGUAGCAUAUUUGUUAGGAGAUGAGGAUGUUCUCUUUCACGAAGACGGGAGCUUUAUGUGCUGUGCUUAGCUUCUGUUUUUCGAUCUCUUGAAAAUCCGGGGGAAAAGAAAUCAUACAAAAAUAAGAAUUCAGAAAGAGAGCGUUGGAGAGAAGGCAGACCUACGUAGUGACAGCUCUUUUAUUUACCUUAAUUGGCCGCAUUUCUUCUCUCUCCGUCACUGUAAACGAAGUCGAAUGCGUCUACGAGUACGUCCUCUACGAAGGCGACACCGUUUCUGGGAACUUUGUGGUGGUUGAUCACGACGUUUUCUGGAGCUCUGAUCAUCCCGGCAUCGAUCUCACCGUGACAUCUCCUGCAGAUAAUGUGGUUCACUCUGUGAAGGGGACAUCUGGGGACAAGUUUGAAUUUAAGGCCCCAAGAAGUGGAAUGUACAAAUUCUGUUUUCACAAUCCCUACUCAACAUCAGAGACUGUCUCUUUCUGUGUUCACGUUGGUCAUAUCCCCAAGGAGCAUGAUCUUGCUAAAGAUGAGCAUUUAAAUCCCAUUAAUGUUAAAAUUGCUGAGCUGAGAGAGGCAUUGGAAUCUGUUACAGCAGAGCAAAAGUACUUAAAAGCACGUGAUGCUCGACAUCGCCGUACCACUGAGAGUACACGAAAGCGUGUUAUAGGCUACACAGUGGCAGAGUACAUAUUGUUGGCAAUUGUAAGUGUACUGCAGGUCGUAAAUAUCCGUCGCCUAUUCAGCAAAUCAGUUGCAUACAACCGAGUGUGAGCCACCUUACUGUUUAGGCUGAAUUUACAAGAGAGAAAUGCUGUCAUGCACUUUAAAAUAGUGAUCUGCUGGUUUAUACUGUUCAAUUUUUUUGUACUUCAAGUUUCAACCACAAUGCAAAAGAUUAGUGCAAGUUUCAUGGGC